AUGGAUUUCAGUUUAGAAGUGGCCAAAAAAGCUCUGAAUUAUAACUCAUCAUCAGUUAACAAAAACAUGGUUUGCUCUCCGUUCUCCAUUAGCACCACCCUCGACGCCUUAGUUGCCGGUGUGAAAGGCAAAACCUUGGAGAAACUACUUGGCCUCCUAGGCUAUAAUAACAUGGAAGAAGUCACUGCUAUGGCCUCUAAAUCGGCGUAUGUUGUUGAAUCAAACGGCGUUAAUGUUGGCGGACCUAUAAUCGCUUAUGCAAAUGGAGUAUGGUUGGAUAGGAAAUAUUCUCUUAACAGUUCCUACAAAGAGUUUCUUCAAAGUAUACUCAAAGCGCAACUGAAAGUCGUGGAUUUCCAAGCCAAGGAAAUAUCAAAAGAUUCACCAAAUUCAAACAAAUCAAAGGCAACUAAACAACCCGAUCUUCGACAAUUCUUGUUUAAAAGAACGAGACUCAAUGAAAAUGAGUCCAAUAACUCACCUUCAGUUAGCUCCCCUCAAAGUCAAGAAAAUAGUAUGGAAAUGGGUGGUUCAAGUAAUAGUAAUGUACCAUUAGAGGAAGAUUUGGUGUAUGAUGUUGAACUUCUUCCUCAUGAUCCGGGAAAAAGAAUAAACAUUAUGGAUUACCCCGCAAAUGAACGAAAUGCUGUUAGGAGGGGUUAUAUUCUUAAAAAACCUUGCCAACCAAAAACUCAUGUAUUCCCUACAAGACAAGUGUCUGGUUUGCGUCGCUUUAGUGUUCAUUGGUUCAACAAAUGGGAUUGGCUUGAAUAUAGUAUUGAAAAAGAUGCUGCAUUUUGUUUUGUAUGUUACUUGUUCAAGAAUGAAGUUGGUAUUAAACCGGGGGGUGAUGCAUUUGUUGAUGGAGGGUUUAGGGCAUGGAAUAAACCGGAAAGAUUUGAGAAGCAUGUUGGUGGAAUUAAAAGUGCUCAUAAUCUUGCUUAUGAGAAAUAUGUGAAUUUAAGAGAUGAAAAAAAGAAAUCAAUCUUGAAUGUGAUUGACAAUGCAAGUGAUGUGAUUAAAAGUGAAUAUUUUAUCCGCUUGAAAGCAUCUUUAUCUUGUUUAAGAUUUCUUUUGGGGCAAGGUUUGGCAUUUCGUGGACAUGAUGAAAGUGGGGAGUCAUAUAAUAGGGGUAAUUUCCUUGAACUUUUGAAGUGGUUAGGAGAAAAGGUUGAGGAAGUAAGGAUACAUACUCUUGAAAAUGCACCUAAAAAUUGUCAAAUGACUUCCCCUCCUAUUCAAAAGGACAUUAUUAACUGUUGUGCCAAAGAAACAACUAGGUGCAUAAUAGAAGAAGUUGGUGAUGAUUACUUUGCUAUAUUGGCCGAUGAGUCAAGUGAUGUGUCCCAAAAAGAACAACUAGCUCUUGUUUUGCGUUUUGUUGAUAGAGAUAGUGGAAAGGUAAUGGAGCGAUUUUUAGGCAUUGUUCAUGUUGCUAAUACUACCGCUUUAACUCUUAAAGAUGCAAUCAUGUCUUUACUUGUUGAACAUUCAUUGAGCCCAUCUAUGAUAAGAGGGCAAGGGUAUGAUGGAGCUAGCAACAUGAAGGGUGAAAUAAAUGGCCUUAAGACUUUGAUUAUGAAUGAUACUCCAAGUGCCUACUAUAUACAUUGUUUUGCUCAUCAACUUCAACUAACAUUAGUUGCCGUUGCUAAAAAGAAUGAUAGUUGUGGUUGGCUUUUCGAGAUACUUGGAAAUUUGUUGAAUGUGGUUGGAGUUUCUUGCAAGAGAAGAGAAAUGAUUCGUCAAGAUCAAGCUCAAGAAGUUGCUCGAGCCUUGGAUGUUGGGGAUAUUGUGAGUGGAUCGGGUUUAAAUCAAGAACUUGGUUUGAGUAGGCCCGGGGAUACUCGUUGGAGUUCUCAUUACAAGUCACUUUUAAAUGCCAUCCUCUUAUUUCCUACAAUUAUUAAGGUGCUUGUACAAAUUGGGAAGCAUGGUGCAUCGGAAGAUAAGUUCAAAGCUCAAAUUGUUUUAGGACAAUUAGAGUCAUUUGACUUUAUUUUUGUUGCUCACUUGAUGUUGACUAUUUUUGGAUACACUAAUGAUUUGUGUGUUGCUUUGCAAAGAAAGGAGCAAGAUAUUGUAAAUGCCAUGGAACUUGUCACUUAUACAAAAACGGUGUUGCAAAAAAUGAGGGAGCGAGGAUGGGAUACUCUCUUAAACAAGGUAACUUCAUUUUGCACUAAACAUGGUGUUGUUAUUCCCACUAUGGAUUCUCUUUAUGUUCCUCAUGGAAGAUCAAGACGUUUUGUUGAAGAAGCAACAAAUGAACAUCAUUUUCGGGUUGGAAUUUUCUUAAGACUAAUUGAUUUGCAUCUUCAAGAACUUGAUGAACGAUUUAAUGAGAGGAAUAUGGAGUUACUAUUAUGUAUGGCUUGUUUAAGUCCUAAAGAUAACUUCUCAUCCUUUGAUAAAGAUAAGGUACUUAAACUUGCCUCUUUUUAUCCCGAAGAAUUUUCAAGCUUUGAUUUGAUGGCUCUUGAAUAUCAACUUGAUGUAUUCAUGGAGAAUAUGCUAAAUGAUGAAAGAUUUCAAGGUUUAAAUGACCUUAAUUCUCUUUCUAUGAUGCUUGUUAAAACCAAUAAGCAUAAGACUUUUCCUCUUAUUCAUUUGCUUAUCAAGUUGAUGUUGAUUCUUCCCGUUGCCACGGCAAGUGUUGAAAGAGUGUUUUCUGCAAUGACAUGUGUCAAAAACAAGUUGCGAAAUAGCAUGGGUGAUCAACUUAUGAAUGAUUGUUUGGUCACUUUUAUUGAGAAGGAUGUCUUCUUACGAGUUUCCGACGAAAAGAUUAUUGAUCGAUUUCAAAGUAUGAAGACUCGAAGAAUGAACUUGUAA